UUCGUGCAAAAAAGCAUUGUCAAAAUUUGUUUAUUUAUAUCGCGGAGUUAAAUAAUUGUUUGUUGGUCUAAAAAGAAGUGAUAAGUGCACAUUGAGAUGUCUGUGUUGCUGGCGGACAUCGAUGCCACCUGUGCGGCCUUGGGUUACAGCGAUGGCCAAAAAUAUCAGGCGGAGCCCGAUGCCGCCGAAGGUCUCAAGCACCUAAUUUGGAUCCUGCGCCGGGACCUGGACAACCACGAGUACCGCCGUCACCUGGGCAGAUCCAAGGUGCUCCAAACGGACUUGGUUUACAUGCUGCCGGACUAUGUGCAUCACGAGGAGCUGUCCGACUUGCUGAUCCGCCUGCUGGUCAUCCUGACUAACCCCACACUGCUGCUCUACCGAGAGGGUGCUCCCAAGGACAAUCAUGGCCGCAAGGUGUUCAUGGAGCUCAUCGACAUUCUGCAGGGCUACAAAGCAGCCUUUGCCAGGGACAAAGUCUGGAGCUCCCUGUUCGAGAAACUCAAGCAGGCCCUGGAAAUAGGCUUUGCAAUUCGCAGCGAGGAGCAGAACCUGCUGAUUGAGCGCAUUCUGGUGCUGGUGAGGAAUGUCCUGCAGGUGCCAGCCAAUCCGGAGGCCGAGUGCCGGGCGGACAACGAUGCCAGUCUCCACGAUCAGGUCAUUUGGGCACUGCACCAAACGGGAAUGCUGGAUCUGGUGCUCUUUGUGAUCUCCUCGCCAGAUGAGGAGCAGUUCCAUCUGCACGGACUGGAGAUUGUGUGCCUUCUCUUUAGGGAACAAAGUGCCGAAUCCCUGGCGGAUGCCUCCCUGCAGCGCAGUCUCAGCGAGAAGCAGCGGGAUCAACAAGAACUGUUGGCGGCACGUCGCCGGGAGCGUGCCCGCCGCCAGGCUCGUCCACCUCCAGGGCGUCACUCGCGCUUCGGUGGCACCUAUGUCAUCCGGAACAUGAAAUCCGUCUCGGAUAAGGAUGUGAUAUGCCACCAGGCCCUGGAGCGGGUCACUGCGAUUGACUUUGACCGGGAGAAGGAGCACCAGAAGCGCUCGCAUCGCCACGUCCAGGAGGAGGCGCAGGUGACCCGCCGCAGUGCGUUCACCGUGAGAUUGUGCCUGCGCGAGUACUGCAUCGAGGUGCUGCGCUCCGCUUACAACACACUGGUGAGGCAGGUGCGUCGCGUCCUGGAACGCAAUGCCGGCUCGUCGAGUCACGAUGACUCCUAUCUAUUGUGGGCCAUACGAUUUUUCAUGGAGUUCAAUCGUUUGAGUGGUCUACAAUUGCAGUUAGUCAGCGAAUCGUUGAGCGUGCAAUGCUUCCACUGGGUCCUGACGCGCAUGCAACAUGACAUGGACAUGAUUGUGAGCGACAAGAAACAGGCGCGUCUCUGGGCCAAGCGACUGCAUGUAGCCCUCUUGACAUUCCGGGAAUUGCUUCAAAGCCUGCUGGCACUGCAGAAGCUGAAGGAUGACAACAACGCGAGGGCCCUCUUCGAUAUGUUAUUGAACAACGUGUGCUAUGUCCUGGAGUACCGAGAGACGGUGCUGCAUUUGUUAAUGAACUACAAUGAGGCGCACAGCACAAAGGUUUUCCUGCGUGAUGUGGUGGAAACGGCCAACGUUUUCAUUAAAAUGAUGGAGCGCUUCUGCCAGGACUCCGUGGUUGUGCAGGACAAAAAGCGAGGUGGUGGCGGUGGCCGAAAGAAGAAGAAGCCGGCGACCAAGUCCAAACCGUCAACAGCACCACAACCCACUGAGGAAGAAUUGUCGAGCAAAUGGGCCGAGCUGGCGACGGAAGUGUGCAGCCUGCUGUCCACAGAGUUGGAAAUGCCGGAGGAUGAGCAGCCGAUGCCCUUCGAUGCCGCAUCCGAGAAAUCCAUCGAUGAUCAGCGCGAGGAUUGCAUGAUUCGCAUAAAUAAACUGCUGCGCUCCGAGAAACUGAACCAGGCCAUCGCCCUCCUUCGCGCUGCCAGGGAGGUUUGGCCUGAGAACGAAGUGUUCGGUGCAAUUUCCGCUGCACCGGAAGACGAGCUACUGCUCCUGCGUGAGAUUUUCAUGUCCAACAUCACAACAGUUGAACCCGAGGAGAAGGAAACUCAAAACGAGGACGAAGGCGAGGACGAUGACUUGGAUAACGAGGAGUUCGAGGAGCAGGAUAAUGGACUCACCGAGAAAACGUUCAAGUUUGAUGAUUUCGCUCGCAGAUUGCUGAAUCCGAAAAUUGUUCGCGCCUGCACAUUAGUGCUAUCGGAUUGGGCGGACAUACCCACCAGGUCCUUGAAGGCGGCGGUAACUAUUCUUCAUCGCAUCGCCUACGGCUGCAAAUGCGCGGGAAUGCUUUUUCAGGCCAAGCUGUUUCGCAUCUUUCAACAAGUCCUCAGCGUGGAACGUGACGUCCAUCAGGAGGAGCUGCGUCGCCUGGCCAUCUUUGUGGUGCGCAAAUUUGUCGAGGUGGCCCCGACUAAUCCCAAAAUCUAUGCAGAGUUAUUAUUUUACAAAGGCAUCAGAAAGGCAAAUGAGCUGGAGUCGGGCUAUUGUGACGCCUACGAAGCGGGCACCAAAGGAGCCUGGAGCGAGGAGCAGGAGUCGGAGCUGCGCUUCCUCUUCGAGGAGAACCAGCGCAAUCCUGAAACCGAUAAGGAUGUGAUUGAUUGGAUUCUGGAAAAUUUGGCCGACAAGACGCGCAACCGUCGCACUGUCCUGAAGAAGCUGAAGGAAUUGGGCCUGAUGUUCAAGGCACCCACCAAACGUUCGACCAAGGCGGCCCAGGGCGGCAAAAACCAUUGGCAGCCAGAGGAGGAUGAGGAGCUAAGGAGCUUAUACGAUCAGCAUCGCAUUGAACCGGAUUGCCUCGAGCGAAUCGUCCGUGAGUUUGCGGAACGGCGCUCCAAGCCGCAGAUCAUCAAGCGGAUGCUGCAGAUUCACCUGAUAGCGGACAAGUCUGAGAUUCUUCCCCCCAAAAAAGGUCGUGGCAAGAGCAAGGCCAACAAACAGUUGGCCGAAAUUGGAGGCGAGGGCGAUGAGUACGACUUUGCCGAGGAGCCCAUGUUCGAGGGGGAGGGAUAUAGGAAGCCCACAGCCAAACCCAAAUCAAAACCCAAAAAAGCCCCGAAGCGUCAGGUGGUUCGGACACCCUUAGAUGUGGGCACAGUCAAAGCUCUAAUCGCCCAAGUUAAUGCCGACAAGUUCCAAUCGGCCAUCGAGUGGCUACAGGAAUGCCUGCAGGAUGCCAGCGAGGAAACAGAGGAAGCGGCGGAAGAUGAAGACGGCGUCCCACUGCUGCCCUUGAUGGCGGAUCAAAAGGAUGCCAUGGAGGAUGGCGAUUUUCAGAAGGUAUUGGUCGCCCUGGGGAUGCAGCCGCCGAUUGCGGGCAUGGAAACCUACUGGCGUAUUCCCACCUACUUGAAUACGGCGGAUUUGCGAGUACGUUCAAAGAUAUUGCUAGGAGAAGAUGUGGAUUUGGAGCCCGAAGACGAGGCUGCCGACGAUGAUGACGAGGAGGAGGAUGAUGAGGCGGAGGCUAAUGAGGAAAGUGAAGAAGAGGAGGACUUCCUCGACAAGCACAGCCGGCAGCGGCAGCAGAACAUAGCCGCUGAGCAGCAGCGCAAACUUGAAAGCCUCAUGUUCAACCAAAGCGAUGACGAAACCGAGCAGCGUGCCCCGCCAAAAGCCAAGGACAAACCCAAGGCCAGCGAGAAGAAGGCCAAGCGAAAGGCUAAAGACAAAGCCAAGGAGUCAAAGGACUCUGGUGACAAAGGGGCCGACGAAACAGAGCCGGAGAAACCCAACACGGAUGAUUUAUUUGACCAAUUGAGAGCCAAGCGGGCCACUAAAAUCAAACUGAGCGAUAUGGCUCUAAAUGAGUCAACAAAGGCCGCUCAAGAGGCGGACGAUGAUGCAUUUAACUUCAACUCGGAGGACUACCGUGCCCGUCUGCUCGAGCUGGAGGAUGAGGAGCGGGAACGGGAGCAGGAGGAUGAGGAUGCCGGUGCCAAUGAGGACAAAGAGAACAAUACCAAUAAGUCCCUGCAGCGUGCACGUCGCGUUAAUGUAAUUGACUCAGAUGAUGAUGAUGAUGGUGGCGCCUUGCCUGCCGACAAGACAAACAAACGCCCGCGCAGCGAUGACGAUCGGGAGGAUGAGGAUGGCAAUUCCAAUCUCAAUGCCGACGAGGACGACAGCGAUGAUGGGGCCAGCUUUCUGGCUCGCAAAAAGCCAGCCAAAGUCGAUGGCGAGCCGGCCAAGCGGCGUCGGUUGGCCAUCAUCGAUGACGAUGAUGAGGAUGAUUUUUAAUGCACUCCCUCUCGUUCUGCCUUUGAUUUUAUAGCUCACCGGAAUGGAGAUUCGAAUAAAUGUAACUUUUAAUUUGCAUA